AUGGAAGAAAAGAUUGCCAAUUCAGAUUCACAUGAAGCUUUUUUUUUGAACUUCAUUGAUGGAAAUUACGAAUAUGUUAACUCUGAUGAAGAUGAUGGCUUAUUAGAUAAUGGUAGUACGAGUUUUUUUAGUGAAAGCCUGGCAUCUGAAAAUUUUGGAACAGAAAGUACCACAAACGAUUGUGAAAUAGAAAUGCGUCCGUUUGUUCUAGAUGAAAUUGGGUUUGAAAAAGCACGUACAAUGGCUGAUAUAAAUGAAAAUGAAGAACUCACGUGGGAAAACAUUGAUGUAGAAACUGAUGAUAAUAGCGAUAAUGUAAAUUCAAUGCCGAUAUUAGAAUCAGAGUCAGAAGAAUCAGCAGAGGGAACAGCGAAUAAGCGAGGAAAUAACCCACCUUUUUCGUGUAAGGAUAUGCAUGAUAACGAUGCUACAGAAGCUCUUAAGCUUAUGGGAAAUUGGAUAUUAAGCAUCUCAGAAAGUGCAGAACAAGAAUAUAAAAAAAAAAUUUUAUCACACUUAAGUGUAAUGCUUAAUAAAACUGAACUAUGCCCUGUUAAUAAUCCUACAAGCCUAUUAUAUAUCAAGACUGCAUUACGAUUGAAACAUGUUAAUAUUAUAAAGAUAAAAGAUAAAAACUAUGACUUUACUACGGAUACAUCCAUUAAAGUUGGAGAGGCACUUGGAAUUGCAGUAUUGCGAUCACGUCAUGAGGUGCAAGAGAAUAAAAAAAAACUUGAAGAACCAGAUUCUAUAGAAGAUUACCAAAGUGGAUUUCCUAGUUGUUUGUCAGGAUUCUUUAAAGGACUCAUCACUGUAUUAGUAAAGAAAAAAUUUGAAGCUACAAUGCAGAAAAGGAAAGAAAGAGAGUCUGGUCCCGUAAAGCGUCUACGUCGGCAAACUACUGAAAAUGAAAAAAAAAUUCUUAAUACCAUACUUGAUAGUAACAGCUUUUCUGAGGUCAAGGCUCUAGAAAUUCUAGAUCAACUUGAAAAUAAAGAAUGGGAUUUGCAACGAAUCCGCAGAUAUUGGAAUAAUAACCGGUAUAAAAAAAGCAUCAAUAAUGAACAAUAG